AUGAGCGGGAAGCGGUAUAAACAAAAUGCAUGUAACAUCGAUCAGUGUCCUGUAGCUAAGAAAAAAUUUCGUCGCAAGGAAUUACCAGUCGAUGGUGUUCAUUUACAGUUGGCGGAAGUGAUAAGGCAAAAUGGCAUAUCAGUCAUUGUUGGUGAAACUGGAAGUGGUAAAAGUACACAGAUUCCUCAGAUUUGUUAUAAUGAAGGUUUGAUCGGUAGUGGUCUUUUGGCUGUUACACAGCCACGCCGUGUUGCUGCAAUAACACUUGCGAAACGUGUAGCUUUGGAAAUGAAUGCAAAUCUUGGUGAAGUGGUUGCCUAUAAGGUGAGGUUUGAAAAUACCACAAGUGAUGAAACAAAGAUUGUUUACGGUACCGAUGGUAUCUUUUUACGUGAAACAUUUUAUGAUUCGUUACUCACACCUUAUUCUAUUGUAAUUGUCGAUGAAGCUCAUGAACGUUCCGUUGUUAUCAUGUCAGCUACAUUGGAAACUAAUGUUUUUUCGGAAUAUUUUGACAAUGCACCGGUAUACAUAGUACAAGGAAGAACCUAUCCAGUCGAGAUUUUUUAUGCAAAUUCAUUGGAUAAAAAAGAUGAUGAUUAUGUGUUCAAUGUUUUGACAACGGUUUUGCAAAUCCAUCGUACUGAACCACUAAGCUCCGAUGUAUUGGCAUUUUUAACUGGACAGGAAGAAAUUGAAACAGCAUGUAAGAAAGUGCAGGAAGCUUCAAGACUUCUACCGGGUGAUUUGGUAGCUCUCCCACUCUAUGCGGGUCUCCCACCAUCGGCACAAAUGCGGGUUUUUGAACCAGCAGGCAUACCACACACACGCAAAGUUAUUUUCGCUACAAAUAUAGCGGAAACAUCCAUUACUAUACCAGGUGUGCGGAUUAUUGUUGACAGUGGAAAAAUAAAAGUGAAAACCUUUCUUCCGGAUCGUCAUAUCGAUAUUCUUCGUGUGGAAAAUAUUUCACAAUGCUCAGCAACGCAGAGAGCUGGUCGUGCUGGACGUGAAGCACCGGGCAAAUGUUAUCGGCUUUAUUCGGAAAAACAUUUUCAUUCAUUAUCCAAAAUAACAGUUCCAGAAAUUUUACGAUCCAAUUUAUCUGUGGUGCUACUCGAACUGUUACGUAUUGGUUUACGACGAAUAAAAUCAUUAGCUUUAAUUUCAAAUCCCAAAAAAGAAGGACUGGAAGCUGCUGAAAAACAUCUUCGUCUGUUGGAUGCAGUAAAGCAACCUGAUGAAAAAGGGAGACUGAAACUUACUGAAAUGGGUACAAGAUUAUCAUCAUUUCCGGUUGAUCCAGCUUUUGCACGUGCUCUGAUAGCAGCUUCGCAGAAUGGAUGUUUGGAAGAAGUUCUGACAAUUGUGGCAUUUAUGUCCAUUGAUUCCGUUUUCGUUAGUUCAGCUGUAGGUCAUGAACGAACAAAUUUAUCAAAGCGUAAAUUUGAAGCACCCGAAGGUGAUCACUGCACCUUGCUGAACGUUUACCGAGGAUAUCGUUUAGCUCGGAAAGAGAAGAAGUUAGAGGAAUGGUGCGAAGCAAAUCAUGUCCAUCAGCGAUUACUUAAUACUGUUUUCAAAAUUCGAAGACAACUGCGCGAUAUUUGCCUAAAAAAUUCACUGAUUUUUCGUUCGUGCGGUACUGAUACUGACAGACUCAGGAAAACACUUUGUCAGGGUCUUUUCAUGAAUGCAUGUGUUUAUGAGAGAUCACAGGACCGUUAUAGUUUAUUAAUAUCACCUGGAACCUCACUAAAAAUUCAUCCUUCCUCUUGUUUGUCUCGUUCUCGACCAACGGCCUUUAUCUUUACUGAUCUCGUUCGAACAAAUGAGUUGUACGCUCGUGAUAUCACAGUGAUUGAUCUCGAGUGGGCCAAAGAGUUACUUGAUUCAAAGAAGACGGUACUGAACAUGUUUCGCGAUGAAAGAUUACAUUCGGUGAUUCAUUCAUAG